AGCAAGCAAAAAGCACGAUCAAUUGUAUAGAUCAAAAACUUUAAAGAGGAAUUAACUUAAAAAGAAGUAAUAAUUAGUGUAAAAAACAAAGGAGCUUUAAACAAUUUAAAUUAUUUGAUUAAUUAUUAAAAGAAAAUUUACCGUAUUUAUUAAAUUAUAUAUUUCUGAAUGAUGAUGAGAAAGAAAUCAACAAAUGAAUGAAUAGUGUAUAGAAAUUUUUCUGGUGUUUAAAUAAAAUUUGUGGUGCUUUUUUUUGUACAAUUUAAUGGUAGUAAAAACCAGUUUGUUUGGUAAAAAAAGCGCGUGCUAUACGUAUUGAAUAUUUUCGGUUUUUUGUGUAUGUUUUGUUUACCAAAAACAAAACAAAAAAAAAAAAAAACGGUUUUUAUAAAGAGAGUGUUGAAAGGGGAUAGAGAGUGAUAACUACAAAAGCUCUCUGCUAAACAGAUGUUUUGAUUAAGCCAAAUCCAUCAUGAUAUUAAUUUGUUUGUAAACAUAAAUAAACAAAAAAAAAUUGCCACAAUUUUAUGCUGAUAUUUUGUUAUUGAUUAUUGUUGUUGUAUAUUUCUUAUUGAAAAAAAUCAGCACGUGUGUAAAAAAACUAAAGACUUAAGCAACAAACUUGAGCCUGUGUUGAAACUAAAACAAAAGAUUUAAGCCACAAACUUGGUUUAAAUUUAAACUAAAAAAAGGAAAAAAAGAGUAAUUUACCGCUGAGUUUGCUGGCUUUGUUUUAGUUGUACUAAAAAAAAACAACAAAAACCACAACAAACAAUGGGUACACGUGUACCGCCUCCCUGUCCCACCCCUUUAAUAUGUGAUGGACAAUCUGUGGCCGGUUUACCACAACUCAUUGAUGAUUUACAAAGACUCUCCGAAGACCAGGAUAGUGCUGAUGUGGUAUUUAUAUGUGGUCGCGAAGAGGAACGUAUUUAUGCCCAUCGUAUUAUAAUGAUGGCACGCUGCAAAAGCUUUAAAACCAAUAAACGUGGUGAAAUUUGCCGCAUACCCGGCUGUUCUGUUUCACCUGCUGCUCCUGGCACACCGACAUCUGUGAGACUGCCACAUGUUCACCCGGAAGUAUUACGACAAUUUGUUCUAUACGUUUACACAGCCAAGAUUUUGUUACAAGAUUCGCGAGUUUUUGAAAUGAUGACCUUGGCACAGGAUAUGGGUUGUUGUGAGUUGAGAUCGGCUUGUGAGGAUCAUGUCAUAGCAACACUGUCUGUGGAUAAUGCUUGUACUUUUUUGACGGCUGUCAUGGAAAUACACGAAAAAGCAGGUGCCAAAUGUGCUGCUUCUUUUAUGGAGCGCUGUAUCAUUUACAUUGGAGAAAAUGCCAAUGAGUGCGUCAAAACCAAUGCAUUUUUGAAUUUGAAAAAGGAGGCCUUAAUCAAAUUAAUAUCAUCGGACUAUUUCUGCCUAGAAGAGGAAGAUGUCUGGCGUUGUGUACUCGCUUGGGCUAAAAAUCAUGCCGGUGUCACUCAACCUACUGCUCAUUGGACAGAGGAGGAAAGGGGUCGUGUUUGCCAACAGCUACAGGGUGUUAUGUGUCACGUACGUCUCUUACUAAUCGAUAGUCAAGUAUUUGCCGAAGAAGUUGAGCCCACAGGCGCUGUACCCAUGGAACUAUCUUUAGAGCGUUAUCGUUAUGCCGCCUUACAAAAUUCCACUAAUAAACCGGGUGGUCAUCAUGGUGGGUCGAGUAUGGGUGGAGGUGGUAUGGGAAAUAUGGGUGCUGGCGGUAGUUUUAGUGCUAAAAUCGAUGGUGAUAAGAGACUACAGCCUAGAUUAACGAUUAAUAUGUUUCCCGGUUCACAGAUUUUGAGAAACGAUAAGUUGCAUUUGCAAAGUGUUUUGAAUAAUUGGUAUGGUUGCUCUAAACAAUCCUGGCGUUUAUUGUAUCGUGCCUCUACUCAUGGCUUUUCUUCGACAGCUUUUCAUCGCUACUGUGAUGGAGUGGCGCCUUGUUUUGUCAUAUGUUUGGGUUCCCAUGGUGAAAUAAGCGGUGGCUUUACCGAUGUGGCCUGGGCUAAAACAUCACGCAAGGGUGUUUAUAUACAUUCCGAAAGGGCUUUUCUGUUUGCCUUAAAUGCUGGCGUCUCAGAGUCCCCUUUAAAAUUUGAUAUAGUUAAGAAACCUUAUGCCAUUUGUUAUCAUCCAGACUGUGGUCCCAUUUUUGGUGCAGGCGCCGAUUUGCUAAUAGCCAACAACUGCAAUACCAAUAAAGAUUCCUAUUCAAAUCUACCGCAUUCGUAUGAUGGUCCCAAUGCUUCCUAUGAAACCCUUUUCGGUGAUUAUAAUUUUACCAUUACCGACUAUGAAGUUUAUACUGUGGCUCAAGCUAGCCCUAAUAUGAAUCAAAAUCCCACUUAUAGCAGUUCCUCUAAUUGUUUAUCGAAUACCUCAAACAGCUUGACAAAUACUAAUGGUUCUACGGGAGGUCUAAAUAACUCCAAUACAAUGAUGAAUAAUAACAAUAAUAUGGGUAAUAAUAGUGUGAGUUUGGCAAAAGCCAAAUAUGAAAGGUAUUAAUGGAUUAAUUUCUUCCGUAGAAAUGUAAGAGCUAGUUUUU